AUUCAUGUCAAAGAUACAGUGCACACUUGCAUUCGCUAUGGUUGGACUGUGACACCGUGCAGCGAAGUACGCGACUUCCCGCUCCCCAGGCUUGCGCUUAAGUAAAUAUCGGUAGACGCUACUAGAGUCAGAUUCUGUGACAAAUACCGUCGCGUCUGUGUACACGCACGUACGUAGGCGGCCCUGUUGCUGCAGCCAGUUGAUUCGUCUGUGGUUUGUCGGCUAUACGUGUAAAGCUUAACACUAACUCCGAGCGCUUUCUGAACAACCUCUGAAGACAGCAGAUCGUGCGAGAUGGGCGGCUGUUUCAGCGGUGGAUCGUCUGGCCCGAGCGGCUACAGGUCAAAGUUCAAACGAGAUGCAGUCAAGGCUCACAACAGGUACAGGUCCAUGCACGGCGCCCCCAACAUCAAACUGAACGGCAACAUCAGCAAGUACGCGCAAGAGUGGGCCAACAAAUUGGCCAAGGAAGGGCAGCUCCAGCACCGGUCGGAGCACAAGUACGGCGAGAACAUCUACUAUGGAGCUGAUUCAAGAGGCUUGGAUGAGUUAACCGGAGACAAGGCUGUUAAGUCAUUCUAUGAUGAAAUCAACAGAUACAAUUUCAACAGCGGAGGGUUUUCAUCGGGCACAGGGCAUUUCACUCAAGUCGUGUGGAAGGACAGCAGGCGACUUGGGAUCGGCGUGGCUGUCAAUCCACGCAAGCAGAACGAGGUCUUCGCUGUGUUCAACUAUGACCCCCCAGGCAACGUCAGCGGCAGAUACAAAGAGAACGUCCUUCCCUCAAAAAAGCGCUAAAGGGAACGAACAAAUCGACGUUAUUCCUUCUCUGCUCUCAAAAGUCUUCCAUUUAAAUAUACAUAUUAUGGUUAAGUUUGUGUGAGAUCUCACCACAGAAACGGUAGUUCGCUGUUUAGGUUAGACAUCACUGGUCUUCGAUGUGCAGGGGAGGCCUUGCGUUGGCACAGUUAGGGUCGAAAGAAGGCGUGGGUCGUGGAAUAUAUCUUGUUCGGAGUUUUGAUGGGACAUUGAAAGUUCUGAAUUACGACGAAAUCGUACGGUAGCUCACUUGAUGAAGCCUUAUUUCAGUGAGGGCAGAUGAAAAUUUAGGGGGUUCACGGCGGCCGACCAAAGACCCAUGCGAAGUUCAGAUAUCUUGGUUACGGACAACUAAAGGCCUUUAUAAGCGCGUAGUGUCGGAGGGUUCUGUUUCCUCAAACGUAAAAAGUUUUUGUCCCGUUAACCCAUUAUCCCGUCAAGAUUUUGUUGAAUCACUAACCCGGCUUUGCCUUUAAACAUCUCUAUGCCCAUGUAAUCUUUGUUCAAUCAAUGUUUGGCAGAAUAUAUUUUUUCCCACAAAGACUUGAAGGUACACUUUAGCUGAAGAUUUGCAAAUCUACAGCUAAUGUGGAAGUAGAAAGAACUUCCCUGACAUUUCUUUGACAUUUUAUGCCAACAAAAAUAAAGAGUAUAAUAACAAUGCAUACAAGGAUAAUCUAUUUGGGGUUUGUUGAAACAGUGCAUAAAUGUCCGCCGAAAUCUAUCAUCAUCAUCUUAUAUCCCUCCGUUUGUUUACUGAACCCCAUGUUUUUGGUUCACUGCAUGUGCACACUUCACGCAUUGCUCUAAUGAAUCCCAGAAUUGUUGACAAAAUUGCCAUUCAUCAGUACUCUGUCGGUGAAGCAGUAAUUGAAUUUGAUUGCAAUUUCAUUUAUUGACUGAGACAGACAAUGCGUCGUAUACAAUAUACAUGCAUACACCGAUACAUGUAUUUUGGAAUGACGUACCGUAGGCCUACAAUGUUUAAGGGUUCUCUCCAUUUAUGCGCGAAAGACAGUUAUGAUUGGAAGGCGUAGCUGAUUCUGACUUGCUCCUUUUAUUAAUGAAAUUAAGUGAUAAGAGUAACGGUUGAACACCACGUGUAGGCUAUUUUGCACUGUAUAUAGUGAACAGUACGUGAGUCUAUGUAGCGGAGAGGUUGGCAGACGAUUUUGUUGUCCAUUCGAGUCUUAAUCACGAGGAAUCCCAAUUCAUUUUGUCUAUCUAUGAGUAGGUCGAUGCCUUACUUUGUCUUUUAGCUUUCCCGACGGAGUUUACUUUUGAUAUUUUAUAAACAAAGGCCUGCGCUCUUUCCACUUUUGCUCUUUUGCUAGAUGUUUGUUCUUAAGUGAUAUUUUAUUAUUUUGUUGCUAAUAAAAAACAAGUUUAAGAAGACUCUUGA